GGGGGCUGCCCUCAGGCUGAGACCUUGCCUCCCUACCCCUGAUUAACUCUCCUGUUCCAGAGAGAUUGGUGUAAGGAGUCGGGGGGUUUAUGACAGAGGGGGAAUCGGAGACUCGAAUUCUCUGACCUCAGUAAUAACGUAAGGGUUAUUAGUGAGCUCGGUAAUCUGAAUUUGAGCAGUAAGGAGGGCCCGCCUCCUGUUCUUGCACAGUUGUUUGUACAGCUGGCGGCCCAGUGGGGACGCGUGCAAUGCAAUAAGAAAAAAAAAAAUUGGAUUCUUCAAUUCCAAUUCUCUUUCCCGUUAGCUUUCUCUUAUUCUUACAGAUUUCCUUGAGCCAGUGGUACCCUGCAGAGAUCAUCCUUCUUUGCCAGAAGGACUGCUCUCUAGGGUCUAUUUUAUUUUAUUUUAUUAUUUUAAUUUAAUUUAAUUUUAUUUUAUUUUAUCGUCUAUGAAAAAGGAGAUUCUAUGGCUUACCUUCAACAAUUUAACAUUUUUGACCGUUUGGGACCAUAUUUGCAUCGUGCCAUUUGACCUUCCAACUCCACUUCCUGAAAACUUUUGUUCCUAUGCAUAAAGAUGUCUUUGGUGGACUUGGGGAAGAGGUUACUAGAAGCAGCAAGAAAAGGCCAAGAUGAUGAAGUGAGAACAUUGAUGGCAAACGGCGCCCCAUUUACCACAGACUGGCUUGGAACAUCACCCCUCCACCUUGCAGCCCAGUAUGGUCAUUAUUCCACAGCAGAAGUGCUCCUUCGAGCAGGAGUUAGCAGGGAUGCCCGGACCAAAGUGGACAGGACCCCCUUGCACAUGGCUGCAGCUGACGGACAUGCACACAUCGUGGAACUCCUUGUUAGGAAUGGUGCAGAUGUGAAUGCCAAAGAUAUGCUGAAGAUGACAGCUUUGCAUUGGGCCACUGAGCACCACCAUCGAGAUGUUGUAGAGCUACUUAUCAAGUAUGGAGCUGAUGUCCAUGCUUUCAGCAAAUUUGAUAAAUCUGCCUUUGACAUAGCCCUGGAGAAGAACAAUGCUGAGAUUCUGGUCAUCCUCCAGGAAGCAAUGCAGAAUCAGGUGAAUGCUAAUCCUGAGAGAGCCAACCCUGUGACUAACCCUGUGAGUAUGGCUGCUCCAUUUAUCGUCACGUCAUCGGGAGAAGUUGUCAAUCUUGCUAGCCUUGUUUCUUCAGCCAACACCAAAACAACCUCAGGUGACCCCCAUGCCUCGUCAGUACAGUUCUCAAAUUAUACCACUUCAGUGCUGGCCACCCUUGCAGCUCUUGCUGAGGCAUCAGCACCCCUCUCCAACUCAUACAGAGCCACAGCCAAUUCAGAGGAAAUCAUAGAGGGAAAUUCUGUUGAGCCAUCAAUCCAGCAAAUGAUGGGGAGUGGAGGCCAGAGGGUCAUCACCAUAGUGACCGAUGGAGUCCCUCUGGGUAAUCUCCAAACUGCAAUUCCUACUGGAGGCAUUGGCCAGCAAUUUAUUGUAACAAUGCAAGAUGGACAGCAAGUUCUAACUGUACCUGCUGGUCAGGUUGCAGAGGAGACUGUAAUUGAAGAGGAAGAUGAGGAAGAAGCAGAGAAGUUGCCACUGACUAAGAAACCGAGGAUAGAAGAGAUAACGAACAGUGCAGAGGAAAGCAAGGAAGAGAGUGAAAGAGAGCUGCUUCAGCAGCAGCUCCAGGAAGCCAAUCGAAGAGCCCAGGAAUACCGACACCAGCUCCUAAAGAAAGAGCAGGAGGCAGAACAGUACCGCCUCAAGUUGGAGGCUAUAGCUCGGCAACAACCCAAUGGAGUUGAUAUCACCUUGGUUGAAGAGGUAGCUGAGGUAGAUGCUGUGGUGGUGACAGAGGGGGAGAUGGAAAGGAGAGGAACAGAAGUGAUUGGGGCAGCAGAGACCACAGAGCUUCAUACAGGAGUUUCCAUGGAAACCGUUUCAUCUUAACAUGCAACAGCCAUAACGUACUGUGUCCAUCUUUUUCCUCUUUUAAAAAGAAAAUACGGGGGGGCAUACAUUGUAUAAAAAUUAAGAAUGUCCUUCAGAAGAAAACUAAAGCAGGGUACGUGCUUGGACUCAGGAAGGCUCUCUAUGCAACUGGAAAAUUCAAAACCGUAUUUCCUUAGAGGAUACUUCUUCUGAAGAGCCAAAAGAAUAAGGACCAGAUUUCUCAGUUCACAUCAUUGCUUUAAACACAGAGGUAAUACAAUGCUGGAUGUUGUGGGUUGAUUGUUUUUUAAAUAACUUUCUAUUGAAAGAUUUUAAGAUAACAUUCCUAGUACAUACACACCCAGAGCCUUUAAUAAUUGUACCAGCAAGUGACCUGAAAAUUUGCUUUGGGUUUAUGAUUUGUGUCUGUUGAGAAAAGAAAAAGAAGGAAAAAAACCUAAUUGGGAGGGAGUUUAGAAGCAAGCUUUGGUGAAGAGAGAAGGAAAAUACUCCACUCCAGAGGAGGAGGUGCUCCCAACUAUCCUGAGUUAAUUUCACUGAGAAGUAAUUUAUGCAAUUGCCUGACAAAUUUGCACCUAUUGUGUGUCAUAGCUCAGAUACCAGUUUAAGAAACUGAAAUAGAGUCUUUUAAAAACUGGAAAGGAAAGAAAUCUUGUUUAUGUAGGAGAAGUGUAUUUAAAACCAAAAUCCUCCAGGCUCUGCUUCCACAAUGCUGGAAAGUGGCCAAGAAGAGGCUUGAGGUUAUGAAACAAUCUGGUCUUAAGAUAUAAACUUUUCUCUGGCUGGAUUUUGUAAAAUAGCAAUCAGAGGGUAGUCUUUUGUCAGAACAACUUGCUUCCAGACAUUUCUUUAUGUAGUAUCAAGCUCAAACUCUUUAAUUUAUAAAAUUUUGUUGAAUUUUCUAAGUGUCAUUCAGGACACAUGCAUGCCUUUCUCUGGAGCUUAGAUGGUAUGUUCUUAAAUGCAAAAGGGAGAGGGAGAGAGAGAGCGAGAGAGAUGAAUGCUGAGGAUGUUGUGUAGCUUUGUUCCCAUUUGAUUUGGGAUGAGUAAAUUGUCCUAUUUCCUUAAGCACAGGUGUAAUAUAGAGCUCUGUGUCUUAUAGGGCUCCGUGCUUGUUGGCAAAAGGAGUAAGAACCAUUAGUGCCAUAAAGAACCAAAGAUUCUGGCCAAGUAUUUUGUCUGCUUUCUUCCCUUCUGUCCCACUAUGCCUGUCCCCUCUACCCAGAGACUUUUGAAAAGUGUUUUCAUUACUGGCUUUUCUUUCCAUGUCAGCAUGAAGUUUUUUCAAAAGCAAGGGAAUAUGGAUUGAGUGAGAGAGGUUGAGGGGAGGUUACAUUUCAGAGGUUAUUGCCUUUGAAAUCAGGACCUCAUCGUUCUAGACUUGCUUGCUUUGUUGUAAAUUAGAAGAAAAAACCAGAAGGACAUUGCCAAGUAAACAUUUGAAUGACUGUUUAGAAUACGGUUUUGUUAAUUAGUGAUCAUGGGGCAAAUAUGCAUUUUUAAUUUGGAAAAAAAUUUGACAGUUAACAUGGCUCCACUUACCCUGAUUAGUGAAGUAAUUUAUUUGCUGCAGUUUUCCAGAGGUGCAGAAUAAUUUUGGGCCCAAAAUAGAUUGAAAACAUAACUCCCAAACCAAAUUUAACAAACAGAAUGGCUAAUAAAGGUUUAUAGGCAAAAAGUCAGUUUUGUCCCAGGUUUCAGCACCAAAAAGAGGGGGAAAAAUCAGUUUUGAAAUUGGUCUAGGCUGCUGGCCACCUUAGCUAGGUUUUCUACACAGGUUUAGGUACUGAACACUUUCCAGAUGAUCAGAGAUUACUCUGGACUCUUGGGGAGGAUGGGGAUGCAGGAAUGCAGCACAGGGACCUAGGUAAGCGUGAGGAUGAAAUUGUGGUAUCUACUGUCAGAUUGUCCUGUUCUUGUUUGUGAUGUUUUUCUUUUUUUUCUGCUUCCCUUUGGGGACCAGGUGCUAACAGUAAGCUGCUAUGUGCUCGAUUGCAGAGCCUUAGCUUAACUAGAGGGACCAAGUAUCAUUUCAGAUGUCUUUUAUUUAUGUUCUUGAUUCAUAUGUUGACUUUAAUUUCUUUUUUUUUUAAGUGGGUGGAGGUUAACUCUAUAGACAGUAUUGAGGCCCAUCGCCUUUCUUUGAGGUAGCUUGUGACUGGGGGCUGGGAGUGUCCAUUUAAAGCUCUGUUCUGAGCAUACAGAGUCCCUUCUUCUGGGGGGAACUAUUUAGGACUUCUUAUUUUUCUCUUUCUCUAGAAGGCUAUCAUUCCUACCCCUUUAGUACAGCCCAAGUCAUUUUUGAUGAUAGAGUCUCUGAGAUAGGAGAGUUUGUUAGAGGGGAGUCUGGAGUAGGGAGGGAAAGAAGGGAAAUGUCUGGAAAGGGAUGGAUGGCAAAAAGGUAUUUAUUUUUAUUUACUUGGAAUAGACCUUUUAACAUCCCAGAGAAGAAAAAUAUGAUCUGAUCUCCAAUUGUAUUGCCAUGGAAAGAAUGGUACAUCAGGAUGCUUGAAGUUGUUCAAGUUAAAUAUUAAAUGUAUCAAUGGCAAUACAAUUUCAUGAUUUUGCAUAGCUUUCUGAAUCAGCCAUGGAAGUUGGAAAAACGUUGCUUCGAUCUUCUGGGUUAGUGGAUUCCAACUGAUUUUUUGGCAAAGUUGGAUUACAGAGAAUCAAAUACAGUUCACAUUUCCCAGACAAGUGGUGCAGAGUUGGUACUUGAGCAGGAUAAAUUUGGAGCUUAGGAUGGUUGCCUACUUUAAGAUAAAGCUGCUUUAACAAUAUCAGUAUUAAUGUCAGGAAUUUUGUGACUCUAGUUUGCGUUUUGGUCUUAAGCCUUCCCCCAAAAGAAGGAAGAAGUAAAUCUUGUAAUUAUUUUUGUUCCUAGCUUCAGGGAAAUUAAUUAUAAUAGUGCAUUCCCUUCCUAUCACUACCUCUGUGGGGUCUCAUAAUUGUCUUGCCAGAGUUGGGGUUCUCUUAGUUGAAAUAUGGUAGAACUUGGCUUUAGGUUUUCCAUGUUUUUGAGCUCAGUGCCUUAAAAGGUGGUCUUUUUCUCUGUCAAAUCUCUGUUUGGUUAUUUUUUUGUUUAGUUUUUUUUUUUUUUUUUUUUUUUUUUUUUGCCUUUCCCCCUUCUUCAGCCUAACCAUUGCUUUCAUAAUUUUUUUCUGUGCACUUAGUAACAUUAGAUAUUCAUGGCAUAUAAAAUGACUUUCUAUUGAUGUAAAAAAAAUGGAUUUACUAGAGGACUUUCCAGUUAAAGCUAGGUUUUGUGUGACCAGGGCUUUUUUUAAUACCCUUUCCUGGUUUAUGUUAGUGUGUGCUUUUAUAAACACAUACGGAUUUUCCCACUUCAUUCUUUCAGGUUCAGCUCUAAAUAUUUUUAUUUCAUUAAACACACAGAGUGAAUUUCUUAGGAUUCACUGAAAAUGUGCCAGUAUAGUGCAUGGAAGAACAAAGAGCAUCGCUUGGGUUCCCUCUGAGAGAUGUGUCUGUUGGAGAGUGCUCUAACAAGCAGUAAUGAGAAAGCUGAGGAGUGAGGCUCCAGGAGAGCCAGUACCUGGCUUUAAAGGUAUAUAGUGUGAUGACACUAUGUAUGCUAGAAGACAGAGCAGUGUCUGAGGUAGAGAUGGAGCUGCCCCUCUAUAGGGCAAGCCUCCUUUCCAUUCCCAUGGCAGCUAUUUUGACUGGCAUUUGUAAAUCUUUUACACCUCGAACAGGAAGGAAUCCCCAAAACAGGGCCGUGGCAGAAGGAACAUACAUUCUCUACAUCUACUUUCCUAGUUUAGAAAUAUCAUUUUGGGGAGAAAACUUGUGUGGCUGUCUCCUAACAUUAAUGGGGCCUCUAGAGCUGGAAGAUUGGGGGCAUAAAGUGAACUCUUCCCAGAAGUGGGAAGCAUUUUUGGUCCUAAUUUAUUGGAGAAUGGUCCCCUUUCCCUACUCCUGUGGGCAGACCUGUCUCUGUAGGACCAGAAAAGGAGUUUUAGAAUGGAAUAUACGUCAGGGCCACCUAUAUGCUGCUCUAGGCUCUUAACGUCUCUCCGUUUUACAUGAUGAAUGUUUCUCCUCUCUGAGUUAGUACUUUUACCUAUGCCAGUUUACUUAACAAGAGACCAAGAGCAGGAAGGGUGUGAAUUACAAUCAAGUAGGUUUGAGCCCCUCAUGCUGCCUUUUUUCUGAGUCUGACUAGGAUUAUGGGGUGGGUGACAUUCUUAGAUUCUACAGUAGUAAUUUGGCUUGUUAAUGGCAGGAAAUUGUGAUUCCCUAUCUCUCUCCUCCCCUUUCCCCCCAACAACUUCUGCUACUGUGACCCCAUUGUUCUUAUCUCAUUGAGUCUCUUCCAGGCACUGGAAUUUAAUUAGUAGGUCACUUCUAAUCAUAGGGCCUUGUCUUUUCCCUCUCUAUGCCUCUCCUUUCCCACCACAUAUUAUUUGUUUAUUCUGAAGUGAUUUGUUUCAGAGAAUUAAUCUAGGCCACACCCUAUACCCUGUGCUUCCCUGUUGGUUUCAGGCCUCUUGCUCUUUCAACAAUAAUGAUAGCAACUCCUUUUUCUGGCUUUGUCCUGUGUACUCGCCUCCAAGGCCAUUUGUGAAAGUUGGGGUGAGGGAAAUGCCUAGAUUCUUCUAUUGCCCUCAGUUUUCAGGUUGUCUGACAGCUUUAUGUACAGUAUGUUUUUAGAAAAACUUAAAUGUUCUUUUUAAAUUUAGGAUUAUAAUGAAAUGAAAGUGACUCUGAUGAGCAAGUUCAUGUGUAUGUAUGUGCGAGUGAGCAUUUGUGUGUAUAUACCUAUACAGAUCUAUCUUAUAUAUACAGUUUUUGUACUAUCAUUUAAAAUAAAGAUGUUUCUUAAUAAAAUGUCAAAGUCUUA